AUGUCUAAUAUGGCUAAUCUAAACCCUGCGGCUUAUACUAAUGGUAUUAACAUAACAAAUGGAAUAGUUAGCGUGCCAAAUACUCCCAGAGGUUUGCACUUAGCCAUGGGACAAGCACCUCAUUCUCUCAACCCAGCAAUGCAACAAUAUAUUCUUGGGAAUCCAAUGCUAACUAACGUGCCAGCUAUAAAUAACCCCAGAUUACAAGGACAAAGACAAAUGGCAUUAACACAAAAUCCGUCACCACCUAUCUCCAUCGUUUCAAGCAACGUUUCAAAUUUAAUUCACACAAAUCUUCAUUCAAACGCAAGUCGGAAUCCAAUGCCUUACUUUCCGAGAGGACCUCAACAUUCUCAAGGAACAUGCAUACUACGAUUAUUUUUAUUCAGUGAAUAUCUAACGAGCGAGAAUCCUAAUAAAAAGAAUAUAGAUCAUUGGAAAAAAGUUGUAAAUGAAUUCUUUUCAGAGGAAGGAAAAUUUAGAUAUGGUUUAUGGAACUGUCAUACAAGAGAAAACAGGAUGUUUGAUAUACCAAAUCCAGUCAUUUCGAGAUUUUUUCAAGUAAAUUUUGAAUCUGGAGUCUCAUCAAUACAGCUCACAAUGAGUGGUAUCAAAGAAAAUUUAGGUCCUCCGAUUAUUUUCGGAAACAAUGGCUUUGCAGUGCCGGUUAGCACCGUUGAAGCAAAAGCUUCAAUGAUAUAUAAUUAUGAAGAUGGAUCAAGGGUUGUGGCAACAGGUCUUCUUAAAGUAAGAUUUAAUUAUAAUAUUAAAAUAGACAUAUUCGAAUUUAAUACAGAAAAGCAUACGGAAUAUGUACCUCGGCUUAUUAAUAUGCUACCUGAGAGUCCGAUUGGUGAAUAUGGUAUUCCUACGAAGACACUGCGAAGCCUAGAA